CACACGAUGAGGAGCUUCGUCUUGAUAACAGCUUUGAUUUUCUGCAGCCUCAGAUGGAUCUUUAUCUCUGGCUCUGAGGUUCACACUGUGACGGUCCAGCCUGGCGAAGACGUCACACUGCAGUGCUCCAACAUUUCCAUAAGUCCAACCCACACAGAGUGGUUCAGAGUGAUCAACACGACUAAAACAAGCUGCAUCUCCUCUAUGUUUGGGUCUCAUGGCCAAGCCUCUUUCUGUGAUGGAUUUCAAAAUGGAAAAUUCAAUAUGAGUUCCAAUGUCACUUCUGUCUUUCUUAAAAUGACAGAAGUGGGUUUAUCUGAUGUUGGGCUGUAUUUCUGUGGAUUUUACGUGGAUGUGCAUAUUAUUAUUUCCAAUGCAGUAGAGUUAAGAUUUGAAGAGUCUGAUAGAAUGAUACACCCAAUUAACGUCAUCCCAGGUGGUCUGACUGGUUUACUCAUUAUACUGGUCAUCAUUCUGGUUUUAAAAAUCAAAACACCUCAGACAGAUCCCCAACCAGGAAACAUCAAGAAUAAGAGCUCAGAUGACCUGAACUACGCAGCUAUGAGUUUCCAGACAAAACUCAAAAGAAGUCGCAGGCCUGCGACACACAGAGAGCUGGAGUCUCAUGUUGUGUAUGCUGCCACACGGUAGACAAGGAGGUGGAGCUCAUGUUUUAGGAUAAUAACCCACUGAUGUAGUUUUGUGUAUGUGUUGUGGAUGAUGUGG